CUCCCAGACCCGCGGCCGCCGCAGCCGGAGCAGCCGCGCCCGCGCCGCCGCCGCCGCCAUCCCGCGCGCCCGCCCGCCGCGCUCCCUCCCCGCCUCCCCCCCCUCCCUCCCGCCCUCCCUCCUCCUCCUCCCGCUCCGCCCGGAGCGCCCUUCGCCCAACGCCGUUACCGGCGCCGACACAGCGCCGCUCGCCCAAGGCCCAAGCGCUGCCACAGCCUGAGCCGACCCCACCAUGGACACCGGAGUCAUCGAAGGGGGUCUCAAUGUCACACUCACCAUCCGGCUACUCAUGCACGGAAAGGAGGUGGGAAGCAUCAUUGGGAAGAAAGGGGAGUCCGUGAAGAAGAUGCGUGAGGAGAGCGGAGCUCGCAUCAACAUCUCGGAAGGGAACUGCCCCGAGCGUAUCAUCACCCUCGCGGGACCCACCAACGCCAUCUUCAAAGCUUUUGCGAUGAUCAUUGACAAACUGGAAGAGGACAUCAGCAGCUCCAUGACCAACAGCACAGCUGCCAGCCGGCCCCCGGUCACCCUCCGACUUGUGGUCCCUGCCAGCCAGUGCGGGUCCCUCAUUGGGAAGGGAGGCUGCAAGAUCAAGGAGAUCCGAGAGAGCACGGGGGCACAGGUCCAGGUGGCAGGGGACAUGCUGCCCAACUCGACUGAGCGAGCCAUCACCAUUGCUGGGAUCCCACAGUCCAUCAUCGAGUGCGUCAAACAGAUCUGCGUCGUCAUGCUUGAGUCUCCCCCGAAGGGUGUCACCAUCCCGUACCGACCCAAGCCAUCCAGCUCUCCUGUCAUCUUUGCAGGCGGCCAGGACAGGUACAGCAGCGGCAGUGCGAGCUACCCCCACACCGCCCCAUCCAUGUGCCUCAACUCUGACUUGGAGGGACCACCUCAGGAGGCCACCCGGCAGCCACUGCAUGGCAACGAACUUGGGCCAAUUCCAGCCUGGGCUGCAGUUCUUCCGGCCUAUACCAUUCAAGGACAGUAUGCCAUUCCACAGCCAGAUCUGACCAAGCUGCACCAGUUGGCAAUGCAACAGUCACACUUUCCAAUGUCUCAUGGCAACACUGGAUUCAGUGGCAUUGACUCCAGCUCUCCAGAGGUGAAAGGCUAUUGGGGUUUGGAUGCCUCUGCUCAAACCACCUCCCAUGAACUCACCAUUCCAAACGAUCUGAUUGGCUGCAUCAUCGGGCGUCAGGGCGCCAAGAUCAACGAGAUCCGCCAGAUGUCCGGGGCGCAGAUCAAGAUUGCCAACCCCGUGGAAGGCUCUACUGACCGGCAGGUGACCAUAACUGGAUCUGCAGCGAGCAUCAGCCUGGCCCAGUAUCUAAUUAAUGUCAGUUUAGAAAGCGCUAAACCCUCCUCCCAGGCAGCCUCCGUCACGAUCCCUGACCACCUCAGCAUCAACCUCUCUCAACCCUCCACCCCUUCUUCUUCUUCCUCCUCUACCACCACCCCCUCGCUCGCCACCGCGGGGGCCUCCGACGCACCCUCCAGCCUCCCCAACCCUCUUCCGACCGCCCCUUGUGUCUCCAGUCUGCUUGGCAUGAAACCUGUCCCUCUCCUGGCGCUAAAUGUCGUGUCUGCGGCCAAAGGGGCCGCGGCGCCCGCCGUGCCCUGUGUCACUAACAAACUGAAAGCGGAGAAGCAGAGGUUUUCCCCUUACUGAGGCUGCUCGGGGGACCCACACAGGGGUGGCAGCACCGGGACCCUGUAGAGGAGACUUGGAACAGCAAUUUUCUCUAUUAUCCUCUUUAUUUUUUUUCAAUUUUAUUUUUUUCUCUUUUUUUAAAUUUUUUUCUCUUUUUUAUUUUUUCUCUUUUUUUUUUUUUUUUUUUUUUUUUUUUUUAAAUUUUCCUCCAUUUUACUCCAAAAUCUGAGCUUGUGCUGCUCCUCGAGCAGAGUUUUCUUGCCGGCCGAGAGAGACUGUGUCCCCUUGUCCUGUGAUCGGUCGAUUCCUUCUCUGCCUGCCUGUAGCUGUUGCUUGUUACUUUUCAUUUCUCCUCUCCUUUUUUUUUUUUCCAUUUUUUUGAGUAGCUUGGUUGCAGUUGUGGGUCGGGAGGGGUGGGAGGGCGGAGGGAGGGAGGGGGAAUACAUGAUUUUGGGGGGGUUGGAAUUGCAUCCCCGGGGCCUCACCUGUCCUCUCUUAACUGUCUGUACCUGUAAUAAAGUUGCCACGGUGAGAA